GGAGCCAGAGGGAAGUCUAGUGUUUGCUGCUGCUGUGCUCUUCAAAAGCACUUUCUAAAAACAGAGCUUGCCUAAUAAAGAUAUGGGGAUUGUGCAUUUACUGGCGGUCCUUAACACACUAUAAAUACUCUCACCGAACAGCAUACAGGCUUUGCUCAGUGCAGCUUUGGAUCUGGUGCAGUGAGACACAUAAUAUAAAUAUAAGAAAACAAUCUGUAAAAUAGCAAGGAACUUAACCAUUUACAGGGAUGCCUAGAGUGGACGCAGAUCUGAAACUGGACUUCAAAGAUGUCCUUUUUAGACCCAAAAGAAGUAGCCUCAAGAGCAGAUCCGAGGUUGAUCUUGUGCGCACCUUCACAUUCCGAAACUCAAAACAAACAUAUACUGGAAUUCCGAUAAUUGCUGCUAACAUGGACACUGUGGGUACCUUUGAGAUGGCUAAAGCUUUGUGUAAGCAUACACUGUUCACUGCAAUUCAUAAGCAUUAUUCACUAGAAGAAUGGAAACAUUUUGCAUCUAAUUCUCCUGAAUGUUUGGAGCAUGUGGCUGUUAGCUCGGGGAGUGGGCAAGCUGAUUUUGAAAAGCUUAGCAGUAUUUUGGAAGGAAUUCCCCUCAUCAGAUACAUUUGUUUGGAUGUGGCUAAUGGAUACUCGGAGCACUUUGUAGAAUUUGUGAAGAUGGUGCAUGGCAAGUUUCCAAACCACACUAUUAUGGCAGGUAAUGUCGUAACAGGAGAAAUGGUAGAGGAAUUAAUUCUUUCUGGAGCAGAUAUCAUAAAAGUUGGAAUUGGACCAGGAUCGGUUUGUACAACGAGGAUAAAAACAGGUGUUGGGUACCCCCAGCUGAGUGCGGUCAUUGAGUGUGCGGACUCUGCUCAUGGAUUAAAAGGACAUAUCAUUUCUGACGGUGGAUGCAGCUGUCCAGGAGAUGUUGCCAAAGCUUUCGGAGCCGGAGCAGACUUUGUGAUGUUGGGAGGGAUGUUUGCUGGACAUGAUCAGUGCGCUGGAGAAAUAAUUGAGAAAAACGGAAAGAAGAUGAUGCUUUUUUAUGGCAUGAGUUCAGACACAGCAAUGAAGAAGCAUGCUGGAAAAGUAGCUGAAUACAGGGCCUCAGAAGGCAGGACUGUGGAAGUACCUUACCGCGGUGAUGUGGAAAACACAAUCCGGGACAUACUGGGGGGACUAAGAUCUACAUGCACAUACGUUGGUGCUGCCAAACUUAAAGAGCUAAGCCGAAGGACAACAUUUAUUCGUGUCACUCAGCAGUUCAACCAAAUGUUUUCUUAGAGCAGGAAGGUGGCAACUUUAUCAUGUGCAAUACCUUCCUUUUCAAUUCCUUCUUACAGUCAGCAUGUUCUCCAUAAACGGAUAUCUUUCCAAAUCUAAACACAAAGCAUACAAUUUUUCUAUGCACGGAUAUCUACUGAAUGUAUUACCUCACUAUUUUUUGUCACACAUGUUGCUCAAGACAUUUAGUUUAGUAUUGUUAUGUCCUGAUAAAAUGCCGACCUGUUUAAUAACCAUAAAUAUUAGUAACUUAUUACAUUCAUUUAACUAAGAUCAAAUAUGAUUUAUAAAGGGUUUUACUGUUUGAGAAACAAAAUCACAGAAAUUUAUCUAUGCAGGUUCUCACAAGGUGUGAAAUAUUCACUAAACUCCUUUAUUAUUGACAUCCAAUUUGGCUGCUUGAUUACCCCUGUAAUGUGUGCAUCUGUCUAAUAGAAAAUACAGAUUUAUAUUUAAUGGAUAUCGACAUUUAUUAUUUAUUAGAUUGUGAAAUAUAUAUUUUGGAGUUUGAAGUUUUAAAGGUAAAAAUACAUUGUGUAUGUUGAGUAUUAGUAAAGUUAAGGUGACAUGUAAAAGUAACAAAGUAUCAUAUCGUAGCCAUAUGUAAAUAAACACGGCCCAGAAACAAUACCUCUGAUAGAUUGUUUUCACAAAUCUCCCAGGAUGCCAUGCAAAAUAUGCAAAUGAACACUGUGACCUUUUCUGAUUCUCAGCUCAUAUUUCUGUAGGGUGCCUUCUCUAUUUUCCGAGGGAGUUGUGGAAAUACAAUCUUUUAGUAAGGCUGUGUCUACUGCCGUUUUAUUUGACUCUUAUAACACAUGGGUGCUGUACCGCAGUACAUUUAAAGGGACAUUCAGCUUUAACUUUGAAUGAGACAGUUGUUUCAUUCUACAGGUAGAGGAAGCAGGCAAACAUGGUCUUCUCUUUAUAAUUACUUUCUUCCUGCUUGCUCUUUCCGCACCCACACCAGGGGGACAGUGAUUUAGCCAAUCACUAUCCUACACUAGGAAUUAUGAAAAGUUGCUUUGCACUUGUGACUCAGUCGCACUUACGCAAUUGAAAGAUCGCGCAAGGUUAUUGGUGAGGACAUAAGAUCCAAGAAUGUGCACCGGACAUAAAUGCAUUCUCUAGACGGCACAGCGGUAACAUAGAGCUGUUUCUUCUACAUGGAGCAAUCCCCCCUCUCUCAACAAAGUAAUUUGAGACAAAAUUACCUGCCUUGCCACAUACCCUCACCACCUGUCUCUCUCACCAACCUUCCUUUUCUGUCAUCUUCUCUUUUCCCCAUUUUUCCUCCAUGAGAAUCUCUCUUGCUUGCUUCCACCAUUUCCCUAGAACACUCUUUAUUAUUUUGUUCUGUAGGCUUCAACCCCUUUCCCUAGAACUAUCUUUAUAAUUGUGUUCUGUAACUUAAUUUGCAAAUAGCUGCUGUAACUGAAGCACUUUGAUAGGUCAACUGUUUUCUGCUGUCCUUCAAUUAGUCUGCAUCUGUCCUUUUUUCCUCAGAUCUUUACUCAGCCAGACACUCAAUAGAGGAAAGUAAUUACUGGAUAAUUAGCCUCACUUUCCUUCUGUCAGUGAUUUUUAAACUUAGCACCCCAUAAAUGUUUCUAGCCCAUGUAGCACAGCUUGCUUUGAGAUGCACAAGAAUAAGGCUGAAGUAACACUGUACAUCCUGACUGCAGAAACCUUCAGCAAGAGCGAGUCGAUCACGCUGUAUACCAGGACAAAGUGCAACCUCUUCCCUGCUUUGGCUAGCGAGAGAAAUCUGUCAUUCCAUGAACCCCUUCAGUGACCGGCAAAUAUGAAAGUAACAAGCAGUAACUUUUCACACUCACCCUGCACAUUCACCCUGUCACACACACCCUGCACAGUCACCUUUUCACACUCAACCCCCCAUACUCAUCUCACACAGUCACCCUGUCACACAUUCUGCACAGUCACCUUGGUGCAGACACAUUGCAACAGUCACCAUGUCACACCCCCCCUAUACUAGAGUCACACACUGUCAACCUCAUACAUGCAAAGUAAUUCCUCACACAUAACAUAUUCAUAUAUAUAUUUCAUAUACAGGUGGUCCUCGUUUGGUGACCUACCUGUUUUACAACGGCUCGCACUUACGACCAGUGGUAAGUGCGAGCCGUCGUGGGGAUUUCCUGCUCUGCUGUGUCCGUCUAUGUACAGGGAAACAUCCCCGAACAUAAACGAACGCAUCAGAGCAGGGAAUCCCUCUAAUCUAUGUUCGGGGAAAUUUCCUGAACAUAAAUUUAAAGGAAUUCCCUGCUCUGGUGCGCAUGUCUAUGUUGGGGAAAAGUCCACGAACAUAGACAAACGCACCAGAGCAGGGAAUUCCUCUAAUCUAUGUUUGGGGACAUUUCGUCAUAAUUUCUCUGGCUCUCAGCAUCCUUUGCAUUUUUGCAUAGCUAGUGCUAGUUAUUGUGAAACAGAGAUGGGUGUAUUAGUGGGUGGCUGAGAGGCGUGAGGAAGCUGAAUAAAUUCCCUUAGCUAAGAUGCGUGCCAUACAAAGUGAACUGACAUAGUUUAUAGUAACUUUAUAAAUAUUUAGUACAUUAGUUUGAAACUUAUCUUGCCUUAUUUUUGUUUGUAUAAAUGUGUUUGUUUGCUGGUUUAAAAAACAAAUGUCAAAUAAUGCAUGUCCCUUUGAGAUAUAUAAAGCUACUUGCAGUUCAGUAGUUUUGUUACGGCAAUGAAAAUUUUUAAUUAUAAAAAAGGUCAAUUGUGAAUUAAAUGCACCAAUUGUGUUAAAUACUAAAUGAAUAAUGUUAUCUGGGCAUGUGACAUUUUGUUUGAUUUUGUAAUGUAUUAGUAAUACAAACCUUUUACACUACAGAGCCAGAUAACUGGUUGUUAAGUAAUAACAGUAAAAAAAAAAACCAGAAACACAAAAUAAAUCAUGUAUUAAUUAAAGAUCAAACAUGAGAUAUUUCUAAAAGUUGUAUGUUUGUAUGUUUACAUAAUGAAUGUAGAAAAAUAUAUGCAAAAUGCCAUGUGUGAGAUUUCACCGUCAUGCCUCUUAGUGUAUGAAGCUGUACUGGUCUUUUGUAAUAUAAACUGUAUUGUUGCAAACUUGAA